UUUGGUUUUAGGACAUUAUGGCUGCGCACUGUUCAUCAAUGGUGUUUUUAUUUACGUUUUUUCGUUUUUUCUCUUAUUUAAAACAGAGGAAUGUAGACAGAGUUUGGCUUCGAUUAUAACUUGACAAAAAAAGCAUUAGGAGAUUUCUGGAGUUAAUGCUCUAUUUGCGUCAGGAACGCUGAAACACGUUUUGCUUGAUAGCUAACGAGUCAGAUAGCCAGGUAGGAUAGUUGUCUGUCACCGGUCCGAAUUUAGCUGUUGUAAACUCAGUUCACACUAAAUUAACUCGUAUUGUAAGGGUCAAUGAUUGUAUAGCUUGUUAGUUAACCGCUACAAUAAUUGCUAUAACUCGAUCACUAUACGGGAACACACUAGUUAUCUAUUCAUAGCUAUGUUUACCCCUGUAAAGUCGUCUUAUUUCAGAGUCAGUCCCACUACUAUCAACAGAGAGCUAGGCAAGACCAAGAUGAGAUAGCAAGAGGAGUUAUUGGUUAGCUAGCUACGCGAUCGUGAACACAAUUAGACAUUCAAUUAAGUACCCCGAAGGUGCGUUUCACAGGAAAGAGAGAAACAGACGCAAGCCCAGCCAUGUUUGGGAGUCUUUUCGAGGAAGAGGAGGAGGGAUUUUCUCUGGCUCCCUCAGGAGGUAGAGUUGUUAAGAGGGAAGGGGAGCCACCUCCACCCCGGGGAAGAGUAAAUCUCAGCGGGAUUAAAAACCAGGGAGGGACGUGCUACCUCAACUCCCUGCUCCAGACCCUGCUCUUCACCCCGGAGUUCAGAGAGGAGCUGUUCAGUCUGGGUCCAAAGGAAUUGGGCUGCCUGGAGGACAAAGACAAACCAGAGGCCAAGGUCAGGGUUAUUCCAUUGGAGCUCCAGAGGCUGUUUGCUCGUCUACUCUUGGUGGACCAACAGAGUGCCUCUACUACUGAUCUCACUGACAGCUUCGGAUGGAACAACAGCGAGGAGAGCAGGCAACAUGAUGUGCAGGAGUUGAACAGGAUUCUGUUCAGUGCCCUAGAGCACUCCCUGGUGGACACCAGCGGUAGUGCGUUCAUCCAGCGCCUCUACCAUGGCACCACUGUCAACAGCAUCCUCUGCAAAGAGUGUGGCAACAUCAGCCAGAGACAGGAGGACUUCCUGGACCUGACCGUGUGUGUACGUGGCGUGUGUGGCCUGGAGGGGGCGCUCUGGGACAUGUUUGUGGAAGAGGAGAUGUUUGAAGGCAGUAACCUCUACCGCUGUGGCCAGUGUGACCAACUAGUCACUGCUGCUAAGUCUGCCAAGCUGAGGAAGCUCCCUCCCUUCCUGACAGUGUCUCUGUUGAGGUUUAACUUUGAUUUUGCCAGGUGCGAGCGUUACAAGGAGACUGGUCGCUACACCUUCCCUCUCACCAUCAACCUCAGGCCCUUCUGUGAACAGACUGAAGACGAGGACUCUGAGUACUCCUAUGAACUCUUCUCUGUCAUCAUCCAUAAGGGAGGCUGUUAUGGCGGCCAUUACCACGUCUACAUCAAAGACAUGGACCACCUCGGCUUGUGGGAACCGCCGGAGGAGGAUUCCAAACCCAAGGUUCAGAAGAAGAAGGAAGUGAGAGUGUAUCCUGAGCCGGAGAAAGACGACCCUCUAUCUGUACUCUCCUCCAUAAUAGCCCAGGAGGAGAGCAGGAGCAUGCUGCUGGACCAGCUGGGCCAGAGACUGAUGGACAAGAUCGGUUCUUCUUGGAGCAAGAAGUACAGGAAACUCCACGGCCCCAUAGGCAAGUUCCUCCAGAACCACAGUGACGUGUUUGUGUUGGUCAAUAACGGCACUCGGGUGGCCCUGAAAGCCAACCCCCCUAGCCCGGUGACCCAGCCCUCCAGCCCAGCCCACCCAACCCCUGGCUCUAGCUCUACCCCAGACCCAGUCCACAACAACACUGCCAACGCCCAACCAGAACCAGGACUGGAGACGGCACCAGAACCACAGGGCAGCCACUGGUUUAAUCUGAAUGACUCCACAGUGACGUCGAUCCAUGAGAGAGACGUAGAGAAAAUGUACCAGGGAAAGGAGAGUGCCUACAUGCUGUUCUAUAGGAAGACACUGCUACGCAGGCCUUCUGGAGCCCUGAGGAAUCCUGGGUAUAAGGUUCCCCCUCACCUCUUGGAGAUGGCUGAAGAGGAGAACAGAAGACUACAACAAAGACGGGAGGAGUUUGAGGCCAGCAAUAACAGUGUUGAGCUGCGUCUCCACCUAGCGCCGCGCUAUAGGUUGGAGAACGGAGCUCUUAAGCCAAUCAGCACAGAGCAGAAAGAGGCCACCAACCUCACCUUUGACCUCCGCAGGACCGUAGGAGACUUGCGAAUGAUCAUCUACCAGAUGCAGAAUCUCUGGGAUGGGGAUAUGACUCUGACUGUGGCCAAAAGUCUGCCAGCCGGCCUUCACCUCUACAACACUCUCACAGAUGACGAGGUGUCUCUCUACAGUGCAGGCAUCUUGACCGGCACUGAUCUGUUUGUGUGGAACGGCAGAGAGGUUUGUGGGGCGACUGUCCAAACAGGAAUCGAGUGGGAACCAAUGCUGCUGACCGUGGUUCGCCCCUCUCUGGGAGAAGAGGAGGAGGACGGGGGAGGCGAGGGAGAGGAAGGAGGCGAGGGGCUGUCGAAGGAGUCGAGGGGGUUCGCUGGGAGGGUGACUCUAGGAGAGGUGAGGGAGGCGUUAGGGGAGCCACAGGAGAGCCUCCUGUGUCAGGAGAAGAGGGGAGGGGAGGGAGGGGGGGCCAGCGGGUGGAGGGUAUUCCCUCCUGGAGACAUGCAGAGGACCCUGAAGGAGCUGGCCUUGAAGGAUGGAGACGCACUGCUGGUGCUGGAGCCACAGACACAGGACAGCAGUGUGUUCAGUGUGAAUGGUGAUAUGGUAACCGUGACAACACCAUCAGACUGUCGCUGGCUUCAGGUGGAAUACCGACCAGAGAGAAGAAGAAGAGGAGGAGGAGAGGUGGAUGAAGAUGAGGAGAGGAUGAGGGCAAAGGUCCCUGCCUCUGGAAACAUGCUGCUGUGUGAGGUGAAACAGAGGGCCAUAGCAGAGCUGCAGCUACAGGAGCAGCUAGCAGGUGUGGCAUGCUGUCUGAGGCAGGUGGACCGUACAGGGAAACUCCUGCCCCCAGUGUGUGAGGAGCUGAGCGUUCGUGACGCUGGGGUUAGGCUGAUGACCUCCCUGUCCCUCUGUCCUGGAACGGCCCCCAAAGACACACAGCUGUUCCUGUACUUCAGUGUGGGGACAGCACCCUCCUCUGGCUUGGAGGGGGAAAUCAUUGUAGAGCGCUCCAGCACAGUUAAACAGUGUCUCAAGAAAAUGUUGGAGUCAGCAAGACUUGAAGGGGACGGUUGGCAUCUAAGGAGGCUGGACUGGUGUGAGGAGGUGGGAGAGGCUUUGAUGGACGAGGAGGCGUCUCUCUCAGAGCUGAAGAUGAGUCAUGGAGACGCUCUGGUGAUUACUGAGGGACGACUUCCUCCCAAGGGUUUUCUGAAGCUGUCAGUCUGGCUGUAUGUGGAGCCGAGAGCCGAUCCCGUGGUCUCCAUGGAAACAGAGGUCAACGGCACAGCCGAGGGGUCCACGGAGGGUCAGAGGUUGGAGGUCAUGACUGCAGUGGGCGGGGCCAUGGUGGAGCUGAGGACUGUGGGACAGGUGGAGAUCUCAGAGGAGGCUACACUGGAAGAGCUGAAGACUCAGGUGCUGACCCUGCCGGCGCUGCAGUAUGUGUGUGUGCCCACUCCUGCGUUUCUGCGUGUGUGGCAGCUGGAGGGACAGAGACUGACACGUAUCCUCAGAGGACAACAACACACACUCAGGAAGUUGAAGUUGUGCAGUGGGGUGGAGUUUUGUGUGCAGCAGCUACUGAGAGAAGAGGAUCUUGGUCCUAAAGAGGUGUUGCUGCGUGUCCAGAUGGGGGUGCCAGGGGAGCGGGGUUACUACCCUCCAGAGGACCUGGUCUGGGAUGCUUCUCGAGACCCUUCCCCCAGAUCACUACGCUCUGCCCUGGCCUCAACAUACGGCCUCUCUCCUGACUCCCUGCUACUGGCCAAGCACCAGCCACACACACACACCUGGGAGACUUUCUCCAACUGGAGCCAGCAGGUGUCCAAACGGAAGAAGAAGAAAAAGACGGAGUCUCUGCUUGGAGCGCCUUUCCACCUUAAAGACGGUGACAUCGUCGGUGUCAAGAACCUGUUGAUUGACAAUAACCGGGACUUUAGCACCCAACAGGAUGAGCAGAGGUUGAGGGAAGAGAAGGAGCAACGCAGGAAAGGAGGGCAGGGUGCGGGGGCUGAAGUUGAGACCAACCAAGGGGUGGGACCAGAGAAGAAGAUGGGGCCAAUCAAGGCCAGGAAGCCAGAGGUGGCCCUGUCAAUCAACGUGGGGGUGUUCAGAUAGCCUCGCCUUACACACACACAAACAAACACAUACAGUACACAUGUGUGCACACACAGACUUUCUCACCGUGGCAUCGCUCAACAUCACGAACAAUCUUCUGGACAUCUGUUUGUGUGCCAAACAUUUUUGAUAAUGUGUUCACACAGCAUGACCCCCCCAUAGGUCUGCUAUCUACUGCUAGUGUAGGUCUGGUGGUGGGAUGACUUACUGGUUCGCUAUACAGACCUCUGUCGACUCAGUGUCACAAGCUGCAGUCUCUGACUCUCUUUCCAUCUCUCAGUCACUACACCUGGAUCCCUUCUCCCCUCUACAUGAGAUCCAAUAGGAACCAGUAUUUCUACCUGAGAUCCAAUAGGAACCAGUAUUUCUACCUGAGAUCCAAUAGGAACCAGUAUUUCUACAUGAGAUCCAAUAGGAACCAGUAUUUCUACCUGAGAUCCAAUAGGAACCAGUAUUUCUACCUGAGAUCCAAUAGGAACCAGUAUUUCUACCUGAGAUCCAAUAGGAACCAGUAUUUCUACCUGAGAUCCAAUAGGAACCAGUAUUUCUACCUGAGAUCCAAUAGGAACCAGUAUUUCUACCUGAGAUCCAAUAGGAACCAGUAUUUCUACAUGAGAUCCAAUAGGAACCAGUAUUUCCACUCAUAGUACUGGGUGUAUUACAUAUAUAUUGGUAUGUAUUUACAGUAUCUGCUGACUAGUUUGCAAUGGUACACACCACAGAGGUUUAUUUUUUAUUUAUUUCACCUUUAUUUAACCAGGUAGGCUAGUUGAGAACAAGUUCUCAUUUGCAACUGCGACCUGGCCAAGAUAAAGCAUAGCAGUGUGAACAGACAACACAGAGUUACACAUGGAGUAAACAAUUAACAAGUCAAUAACACAGUAGAAAAAAAGGGGGGAGUCUAUAUACAAUGUGUGCAAAAGGCAUGAGGUAGGCGAAUAAUUACAAUUUUGCAGAUUAACACUGGAGUGAUAAAUGAUCAGAUGGUCAUGUACAGGUAGAGAUAUUGGUGUGCAAAAGAGCAGAAAAGUAAAUAAAUAAAACAGUAUGGGGAUGAGGUAGGUGAAAAUGGGUGGGCUAUUUACCAAUAGACUAUGUACAGCUGCAGCGAUCGGUUAGCUGCUCAGAUAGCUGAUGUUUGAAGUUGGUGAGGGAGAUAAAAGUCUCCAACUUCAGCGAUUUUUGCAAUUCGUUCCAGUCACAGGCAGCAGAGUACUGGAACGAAAGGCGGCCGAAUGAGGUGUUGGCUUUAGGGAUGAUCAAUGAGAUACACCUGCUGGAGUGCGUGCUACGGAUGGGUGUUGCCAUCGUGACCAGUGAACUGAGAUAAGGCGGAGCUUUACCUAGCAUGGACUUGUAGAUGACCUGGAGCCAGUGGGUCUGGCGACGAAUAUGUAGCGAGGGCCAGCCGACUAGAGCAUACAAGUCGCAGUGGUGGGUGGUAUAAGGUGCUUUAGUGACAAACGGAUGGCACUGUGAUAGACUGCAUCCAGUUUGCUGAGUAGAGUGUUGGAAGCCAUUUUGUAGAUGACAUCGCCGAAGUCGAGGAUCGGUAGGAUAGUCAGUUUUACUAGGGUAAGCUUGGCGGCGUGAGUGAAGGAGGCUUUGUUGCGGAAUAGAAAGCCGACUCUUGAUUUGAUUUUCGAUUGGAGAUAGAUAUGUACCAGUAGAUUAUAGAUAAUAUAUACACCUAUAUUUCUAAUAAGAGUUAGUGGGUUUAUAUCCAUGCCUUAACAUGGACGAGCCACAAUUCAGCUCAGUCCGGAAUAGUCCCCCCUUACCUCAUUUCUCUACCUCUCUGUUGCGCCCUCUCUCUCUCUACCUUUCUUUCCCUCCUAACUUCAUCUUCGCUUCGUGGUCUCACCCUCUCGCCAUUUUUCUUACAUGGGAAAGAGUCCCAAGUGUUUUCUCUGUAUCCCAUCAUGCCUCUGCACCAGAGUUGAUCACGUUAACCAUGCUAUCAUUAUGUUUGUUUCAUGUGCAUGCAGUGGGGGUGUGUGGGCGAACUUCAGGGAGUUAAAAUAAUUCAUGGAUCAUUUGACUAAUAUGUCAUCCAUAACUUUUACAAGUGACGGUUGGACAAUGAAUGCGAGCGACUUUGUUUUGGAUUAUGAGAUUAUUUGAUUUCCUAACUAAUCUGAUGUUUUUAUUUUUGCAUUUGCUGGAAGUAUAACUGAAAUGUAGUUUUGAGUACUGUAUGACUUCUGGGUCAGUGCCAAGAUGCAAGGACAGAUGGAGAGUUUUGGAUUAAAUACAGAAUAAAACGGAUCAAGAAAUAA